AACGAUUGUUCUCUUGCAGUGAGGAGAGUGGUGUGCCAUUGAGGGGGGUCGGGGGGCUGACCCCACAACCCCGGGCUUCUUGCCACCACCACCUGGCUUUUGCUGGCUUGCCUAUCCCUUCUUCCGGAGCAUAUUGCCCUUUUGGCCAAUUUUGAGGCAAUUUAUGGGGCCAUAUCCCCCCAAGGGGAUCUGACCUUUCCCCCCAAUUAAGGGGACGGGCACUUUCAUGAGGAUUACUCUCUUUUUUCCAGUUUUAUUGUUUAUAUGACACUUUUAAUCCAGGGAGCUCAAGAACCUGUUUUAAGGGGUCGUUACCCCAAGUACUCUUUCCCUCUCUUUCUAACACCCUACUGGCUGGAGGCCAUGUUUCCUGUUUUCCCUUGCACCCUCCUGGCCCCCCCAUUCCCUGUACUGGGAUUGGAUUCCAGGGGGGUUGGCAAUCUAAUGAACUCUUUUCCCCCACCUCAGGGUCACGCCCAGAAUCCCCUGCAGGUUGGGGCUGAGCUUCAGUCCCGGUUCUUUGCAUCCCAGGGCUGCAACCAGAGUCCAUUCCAGGCUGCCCCAGCCCCCCCACCGACUCCUCAGGCCCCAUCCGCUGAGCCCCUCCAGGUUGACCUCCUCCCUGUCCUCGCUGCAGCCCAGGAAUCUGCUGCUGCUGUGGCGGCAGCAGCCGCAGCAGCGGCUGCAGCCGCUGCUGCCCCCCCAGCCACUGCCACAGCUUCCACAGUGGACACAGCAGCCCUGAAACAACCCCCUGCACCACCUCCACCACCCCCUCCAACCUCUGCACCAGCUCCUGAAGCUGCACCUCCAGCUACAAUUGCUGCUGCUACUGCCACAGCUGCUGCUGCCCCAACCUCCACAGCUGUUGUAGCUCCUGUAGCUACUGCUCUGGAGAAGAAAUCAAAGAGCAAAGGGCCAUAUAUCUGUGCCCUCUGUGCCAAGGAGUUUAAGAACGGCUAUAAUCUUCGACGGCAUGAAGCCAUCCAUACGGGUGCCAAGGCUGGGCGGGCUGGCCCAGGUGCUAUGAGGAUGCCCACCAUGGUGCCCCUGAGCCUCCUAAGUGUGCCAGCAACACUGGGCGGAGCUGGCGGGGGUUGGGGUGAAGGGGGUGCUGGGGGUUGGGGGGCUGGAGUUGGUGGAGGCGGCGUGGUGACCACCACAGCCUCUGGGAAGCGGAUCCGGAAGAACCAUGCAUGUGAGAUGUGCGGAAAGGCCUUCCGUGAUGUCUACCACCUGAACCGGCACAAGCUGUCACACUCUGAUGAGAAGCCGUACCAGUGCCCUGUCUGUCAGCAGCGCUUCAAGCGCAAGGACCGCAUGAGCUACCAUGUGCGCUCACAUGACGGCGCUGUGCACAAGCCCUACAACUGCUCCCACUGUGGCAAGAGCUUUUCCCGGCCAGACCACCUCAACAGCCACGUCAGACAGGUGCACUCAACAGAACGGCCCUUCAAAUGUGCGACAUGUGAAGCAGCAUUUGCUACCAAGGACCGACUUCGAGCACAUACGGUGCGGCAUGAAGAGAAGGUGCCAUGCCACGUAUGUGGCAAGAUGCUGAGCGCAGCCUACAUCUCUGACCACAUGAAGGUGCACAGCCAGGGGCCUCAUCACGUCUGCGAGCUCUGCAACAAAGGUACAGGUGAGGUUUGUCCUAUGGCAGCAGCAGCAUCAGCGGCGGCAGCGGCGGCGGCGGCAGCAGCAGCAGUUGCAGCAGCUACCCCCACAGCUGUGGGCUCCCUUUCUGGGGCAGAGGGUGUCCCUGUGAGCUCUCAGCCACUUCCCUCUCAGCCCUGGUGAGCCCUGAGGUGGGGGUUGGGGUGUAGAGGAGAGGCCUCAGUCCCCUUUCUCCUCUCCCACCCCCUUCCCACCAACUCAGUUCCUUCUCCCACCAACAAAGGAGCCACCAGAAGGAAGGAGUUAAGAAAUGUUUUCUUAGGGGAAUUCACUAGAUUUUAAACAUUUGUUUCUCUUCUAUCUCCCCU